AUGGCGGCAUAUAAUAGUUUUGUAAGAGUUCAAAAAGAAUUUAAAGAAAUUAUUUUAUGUAAAGAGCUUCAAGAUAUGGGAAUUACUGUCGAGCCUGUUAAUGAAAAUAUGAGUGAAAUUAUUGGAAGGAUUAGAGGGCCACCAGAUAGUCCUUACUCUGAUGGGACGUUUGUUUUGGACAUUCGGCUACCUAAUGAUUAUCCAUUUCAACCACCAAAAGUUAAAUUUAUUACAAGAAUAUGGCAUCCAAAUAUUAGUUCUCAAACUGGUGCUAUUUGUUUAGACAUUCUUAAAGACCAAUGGGCCGCUUCAUUAACACUUCGAACAGUUUUGCUGAGUGUUCAAAAUUUGUUGGCUUCUCCUGAACCUAAAGACCCGCAAGAUGCUAUUGUGGCUAAGCAAUAUAUGUCCGAUAUUGAACUUUACAAUAAAACUGCAAGAUAUUGGACACAACAUUAUGCUAAUGCACCUGGGGAAAAGGACAAAGAAAUGGUUAAUUUGGUAAAUAAAUUGCAAGAAAUGGGUGUAGCACAGGAUUUUUCAAUUUCUUCGCUGAGCGGUCAUGAAUGGAAUCUUUCAAAGGCAACAGAAUCAAUUUUUGAUUAA